AGUCUUGGGUAAGCUCUUUCUUUCUCUUCAUUUCUCUUCAAGCUGUUACUCAAACCUGGUUGGUUUUUUUUUCUUUUCUCAUCAUCAUCAUAUUUUCUUCUCUUCUUUGUUUUAAUCUUCUUCUUCUGUGUGUGUAAAUGAUACACACAGUGAGACCCACCGUCUUAUCUCCAAUGCCCUCGACUUCACCCGCCGGUGGAGGAGGUGCCAAUGGAUUAUCCACCAUUAAUCCACACAAGGAAUUGUUUGAUGCUUGUCGGAUUGGUAACAUUAUGAAAGUGAAAAAAUUGAUCAACAAAUCGAAAUUGGAAAAUAUUAAUUGUCGUGAUUCUCAAGGGCGCAAUUCAACACCCCUUCAUCUGGCAGCGGGUUAUAACAACAUCGAAGUGGCCGAGUACCUUUUAAACAAAGGUGCUGAUGUCAAUGCACCCGACAAAGGUGGACUCAUACCUCUUCACAAUGCAGCUUCUUAUGGUCAUUUAGAUAUUGCAGCUUUACUAUUGAAACACAAUUCUCAAGUUAAUGCAACCGAUGCAUGGGGAUUCACACCGUUACAUGAGGCUGCACAAAAAGGACGAACUCAAUUGUGUGCCUUAUUACUAAAUCACGGUGCUAAUCCACAUUUAAAAAAUAACGAUGACCAAACAGCCCUUGACCUCGCAACAGCGGAGGAUGUCCGUUGUCUCCUUAUGGAUGCAAUGGCAACCAAUGUAUCAGUCACUUCAACUAAAACCUCUCCCAUUUCAAAAGUAAUCACUACCACUUGUACCUCCACCUCAACCACCACAGGCUCAGGCUUACACUCGUCAACACCCUCAUCAUUACCAUCUUCAUCUUUAUCCACCACACCCACACCAAACGGAUUAAACAUCACAGAGGAAAUCGGUGAAAUUGUUAUCAAAAAUAUAACCAAUGAUAUUAUCGACACCAUUGUCAACAACAACGUUAUUAACAAUCUUGAUAAUGAUUCCAAGACUAAGAUUAUCAAUAAUGUCGUUAAUAACAACAACAUCAAUAACAUCAACAACAACAACAACAAUAAUAAUAACAACAACAACAACAAUAUCAAUAAUAAUAAUAUCAUCACCAGUCAAAAUGAUAAAGUGAAUAAUAAUAAUAAUAAUAUCAUCACUCUGAAUGGUAAAAGUGCCAACGGUGUUAUUAAAAACAAGACAAUUGACGGAAUCAUCGCUGAAGUCAAUGGUACUUGUAUUAAAACCGUUGAACCGGUAAAAGGAUCAGCUUCACCAACAUCAUCUUCGUCUUCAUCUUUCUCAUCAUCGUCUACAUCAUCAUCUCCAGUUUCCAUGACUAAAUUAGAUUACAAUGUGCCUUCCGCCCUUAACCUACUUAUUUCUCAACGAAACUCUGCCAAUGUCAAUGGUGAUGUUUCCUCAUCCUCCAGUGGGUUAGGACACUCCUCCAAGGCUGAUGGUGGAAAUGGUAACAAUGGUAACAAUUUAAAGAAAACAUUUCCCUCUCUGACUAACUACAUGUUACCUGGCUCGACGCCACAAAUUGCUAUUAGCUCAUUCUUGACUAACCUUGGACUUGAGUGUUUGAUUGAACUUUUUGAAAGAGAACACAUAACCAGUGAUAUUUUAGCAGAAAUGGGUCACGAAGAGUUAAAACAGAUCGGUGUUACCGCUUAUGGCCAUCGUCAUCGUCUAUUGAAAGGAAUUGAAAAGUAUCUUCUAUCAAAUCAUUUAUCCUCAUCACCUCAUAAUCCUGAAUGGUUUUUCAUGUUACUCAUUCCAGCCACUUCAGGAACCAUUUUGAUUGACCUAUCAUCCAAUGAUGCUGAAUACAAGUUGGUUGAAGAUGAGAUGCAAAGUACCAUUCGAGAACAUAAAGAUGGAGGUGCGGCUGGUGGUGUUUUCACCCGAUAUCACGUAAUCAAAAUUGAACGAAUCAGUAAUCGUAAACUUUGGGAAAGAUAUUUACAUCGUCGCCAAGAGAUUUGUGAAGAGAAUCAUUUAUACGCCAAUGAGAGGAUGCUUUUCCAUGGGUCACCUUUUAUCAAUGCCAUUAUUCAAAAAGGUUUCGAUGAAAGGUAUGCUUAUAUUGGCGGUAUGUUCGGAGCGGGAAUCUAUUUCGCCGAGAAUUCAUCUAAAAGUAAUCAAUACGUUAAUGGUAUUAUGGGUGGAAACGGAUGUACUGCCCAUAAGGAUCGAUCUUGUUACUCCUGUAAACGUCAAUUACUCCUUUGCCGUGUUGCCCUUGGUAAAUCAUUUUACCAUUUUAGUGCUCUUAAAAUGGCCCACGCCCCACCAGGCCAUCAUUCCGUUGUGGGAAGGCCAAGCGGCGGUGGAUUAUCAUACCCAGAAUAUGUUGUCUAUAGAGGUGAACAAGCGUAUCCUGAAUACCUAAUAACAUACCAAAUUGUCAAACCUUAAUCAAUCAUUUUUCCAUCUUUUAAUCAUCAAUUCUUAAACACCAACAACAAAAUUACAUCCUAAAAACAUCAUUCUCAUCAUAAUCAUCAAUUUUAAUUCUCAAAUGAAUUAAAACAAGUUAAGCAAAAUCUAAUUAACAAUUAAUAUAUAUUUAUAAAUAAUUAUUAUAGUACUUUUAUUGUAAAUAGAUUAUAUCAAAUUUAAAGAUUUAUAUAAAUAUGAAUAUAUUAUAUAUAAGUUAUAUACAUAUCACACAUUCACAUGAAGAUUUAUAUAUAUAUAUUAAUUGAUUGUAAUUAAAAUCACCGAAUGAUUUUAAUAUUGAUGACAAUUGACAACUAUUGAUAAUUAACCGCAAAAACCGCUUCAAGUAUCUCACCUUGCGAGUUGAUUUGUAGAGGUAAAGCCAAGGACCUUUUGAUUAAAUUAAUGAUUAGACAACAAAAAAUAAUAACAUUGCCAUUGGAAAUGACAAAAAAAGGGAUUGGAUUGAGAUUAAAAAUGAUCCUGUUUACUAUAAAUAAUGAUUGAUUGGUGAUUACAGUUUGUCCUGAUUACAAUUUCAUCAACAUCAUCCUGAAGGAGGAGGAGGAGGAGAAGGAUGAUGAUAAUAAGAAAGAUGAGAAGGAAGAGGAAAUAUCAAGCUAUCUGCCAAUUCUGGAUUCCAACGAAGUCAUUGAAAUGUUCAUCUGUCAAAUAUCAAUAUCGUUGUUAUCAUAGUUUAUAUUCACUGUUUUCUUCUCUCCCUUGCCCUCUCUCUUUGCUCUUACCCACUGGAUGCCAAAAGAUGAUAUUGAAAGAGUGGCUAAACUGACAACUCUCUCUCUCUCUCUCUCUCUCUCUCUCUCUCUUUCUCUUUUAUCGCUAUUCCUAAAUUUUCCUUCACUUUCCCUGGUGUAUGAAAAAAUAUUUAUCUUCAACUCUCGAUUGAUGCUGGUCAGCUCGUUGGCUUCAUUUCUAUUCUCUCUCUCUUUCUUUUACCCUGAUAUAUUUUUUAUCAUCUCUUAUUUCUUUUUCUUCUUAGUCUUCAUCUUCUCUUUCUUUCUAUCCUCCUCUUUUCUUCUCUUUCUUUUUCCUCUCUGGUCAAUCCUAAUACCUGCUUCUUUUGAUUAUAGCUGCUUCUCCUGCUGCUCACGGCUUGGUAGACAAGAAUGCAUUUUAGUAACAAAGUCAACAAGCACCUCUCUCUUUCUCUCUCUCUCUCUCCCUUUAUCUUCCCUCGCUGUGUUCUCUCUUUCUCUUUCUCUCUCUCUUCUCAUCUUCUAGUUUCUCCUCCCAUCAAUCAUUGAAAAAAAAUAACCUGUUCCUAUGAUGAUGAGGAACACAAGCAGCAAAGCAACAGAAAAGUAAAAAACUAAGCAAAAUAAACGCAAAGUAAUGUGAUGAUGAUGACGAUGAAAGAGGAGACACUAGAAAUGGUCCAUUUUGUAAGAGUCCAAGAGAGAAAGAGAAACAAGUUAAAGAGUUUGUAUUACCUGGACACACAAAUUCCGCUUCCUUGCCUAAUGAUAAUGAAACAUUUCCUCUCUCGUUCAUCAUCAUCAUCAUCAUCUCUUUUUAGGUAAAUUAUCAUUAUCAUAAUUAUCCAGGUUAUAAUAACCUAGACUCUAAAUCAUUAUCAUCUUAACCCUUUCACUUACUCAACUCACAAUUUAAAAACUCUUCAAUCACACAACUCACUCAUGAUGAUGAUCAUCAUCCCAUUUGUUUCUAAAAAAAAUUCUGAUGAUGACCAACAUUCAAUUCUUUCCCUUUUUCAUUCGCUGAGCGAAGCAAAAGAAAGCAAAAAAUAAUUCUACCUGUAAAUUUACCUCCAUCUCCAUCUCCAUCAUCAUCUUUCCAUUGUUUCCCCUUUCAUCAUCAUCAUCAUCAUCUUUUCUCUUCCUUCCUUCCUCCCUCUUCCACUCCAAUAUAUAAUAUAUAUUAUUAUUAUUAUUAUGAUUAACUAAAUUGUAAGCUUGUUGAACAAAUUUAUGAUUUAACUAAAUUGAUCAUAGACUUACACCAUAGACACACCACAAUAUUCAACAACCACACACAAGAAAAAACCACAACCUACACAAUUAAUAAAUUGGAAAAAUUAAAUUGUAUUUUUUUGACAAAAGAGUAAAAAAGAAACUGUUUCUUUGUGAAA